AUGCAAGCACAGUCGGGCAUCACGUACGUGGUGCAUCCCUCCAUCCACCAAAACGUCAAGGAUGGACUUGCCGCAGCUGGAAACAUCCAGGUGACGGAAUGUGCGUCUACCGGGACCCUGAGCCGCGGAUACCUUUUUUGUGUUCGGGAGGGAGGGGUCGAUCUCGAACUGUUUGUGAGCCGGGACCAGGAUGCGCCCCUCUGUUGGUGCCAGAAAGACGUUCUUUGCAGGGUAUGGAACUCGCGUCUCUUCCUGAAAACGUCUGCUUACUCACGAUUGCAGCACGCGUUCUGGCUGAUGGAUCAAAUCUUCCUUACCGCUUCGCAAAAACUCAGUUACUUUCCCAACGUGAUCCACAUCCAGGCUGAUGGGAGAGCCACCGCGGACCCAGCUCACAUGAACCAAACGCUACCUUCCGCCGCCAUCUUGAUCGAUACCAUCACCAUCAACCAAAUUGGCCUUAGUCGAAGAUGGACCGUCCGCAAAACGCAAACUCCAGACGUUGGGGCUGGCGGCUCGAACCAAGGCGAUGGGCCUUUGAAGGACAGAGUGGAACUGCUCAAAUGGGUCCUCGAGCCAAGCGAUGCUGUCUGGCAUGCCUUUUCCAGGUGCUGCGCGUCGCGUCUCGACUGCGACGAUGACAGGGUCGUCCAGAAUGUGUGGCGGCAAUUCAAGGAACUCGUCGAUGACCUCUUGGACGAUGAAAAAUUCGAACCGAGGCUGGACGCCAUGCUCACGCCAGACUUCUGCGUUGCUGCUCAACUGAUCCAGCUCAAGGCCGGCUACGAGAAGGUGUUCCGGGACAUUGACGCGAUAGAACCCCUGUACGACCACAAACCCACAACUUACUUCAUCGAGCAGGCCGAUAAACUCUGCGAACACGCCAUCAAAAUCGCCAGGCUCUACGACAGUGGGGUCGUUCGGAAAAGUGGAUAUGUCUGGUACAUGUCGGGCUUGCUUAUUCACAUCAUCCGCGAAGUGGUGGAGCGGGACUACAGCAAGUACAGCAACUCGCAAGGAUCGGCACGGCAUGACGACCCGGCAGGCAACCUUUACGUCCGCCUCGUUAGCGACUCAUCGCCCGAAGGAGGGCUGAUGUAUGUCUUGAAAACCCUUGGAUCCAUUCCCCCAGGCAUACUCGGCCGCCACAGACAAGUCCUGCAACGGAUCGAACGGGCCUUGCGACCCGUUGGAGGGGAUACGACUUUCAAGUCCAAAUUCCAUGAAGUGGUGGCGAGAUGCAGUCCUGGGAGCUAG